AUGGAUCCACCUCCAUCAGAAGCCCUAUUAAGGGCUCUGGAACAACUUUUUGCUCUCAGUGCACUCAACAGUCGUGGAGAGUUGACCAAGACUGGAAGAAGAAUGGCAGAAUUUCCACUGGAUCCUAUGUUGUCGAAGAUGAUUGUUGCUUCAGAGAAAUAUAAGUGUUCUGACGAGAUCAUCUCCAUUGCAUCCAUGUUGUCAAUUGGCAAUUCUAUAUUUUAUCGUCCGAAGGACAAACAAGUUCACGCAGAUAAUGCAAGGUUGAACUUCCACACUGGCAAUGUGCGCAGCAUGAAGAGGGCAAGAGAUAUUCGGGAUCAACUACAGGGGCUUAUGGAAAGAGUUGAGAUUGAGAUUUGCUCAAAUGCCAGUGAUUUAGAUGCUAUUAAAAAAGCUAUAACAUCAGGUUUCUUCCAUCAUUCUGCAUGGUUGCAGAGGGAUGGUACAUAUAAGACUGUCAAGAACCCUCAGACCGUACAUAUCCAUCCUAGUUCAGGAUUAGCGGAGAUACGUCCGCGGUGGGUAGUAUACCAUGAAUUGGUUCUCACAACAAAAGAGUUUAUGCGCCAGGUGAUGGAACUGAAGCCUGAAUGGCUGGUAGAGAUAGCACCACAUUAUUACCAACUAAAGGAUGUGGAAGACUCUGGAACAAAGAAGCUACCAAAGGGCCAAGGACGAGCUGCAUUGUAG